AUGGUUUGCAACAACGUCUACGUGUAUCUCGUCGUCGUUGUCUUCUCGGCAACUUUGAUUUCUCAGGGUUUGGCAUUUACUGAUCCAACUGACGUCACAGCUCUACAGGAUCUAUACAGGGCCUUAAACUACCCAACAGCGCUGCAAGGAUGGAACGGUGGUGACCCUUGUGAGGAGUCUUGGACAGGUGUAGCAUGUUCUGGAUCAUCAGUUAUACACCUCAAAAUUCAAGGAUUAAACCUCACCGGGUAUCUUGGAGGCUCGCUCUAUAAUCUGCAGAACUUGAAGCAACUUGAUGUCAGUUCUAACAACAUCGUGGGUGAAAUACCAAACGGUUUACCCCCCAAUGCCACACAUAUGAAUUUAAGCCACAAUUUCUUGUAUGGACCCAUUGGCAAUGUGUUUACCGGCUUAGAUAAUCUCAAAGAAAUGGACCUUUCAUACAAUAACUUCACCGGAGAUCUGCCAAGUUCAUUUGGUUCCUUGACAAACCUUGAUAGAUUGUUCCUGCAGAAUAACAAAUUCACUGGAUCAGUCACCUACCUGGCUGAGCUCCCCCUCAUUGAUUUGAACAUUCAAGAAAAUCUGUUUAGUGGCAUUCUUCCACUGCAAUUUCAGACUAUACCAAACUUAUGGAUUGGAGGGAAUAAGUUCCAUCCAGUGGACAACUCUCCUCCCUGGGCAUUUCCUUUAGACGGUGUACCAGGUGAGCAAAAUACUAGUCGCCCACCCACAACUCAGGCAAAUGCCAUCGAAAACUAUGCUCCUCCUAAAGUAAGAAAGCACAAGAAGAAAGGCAUGGGUCCUGGAGGAAUAGCUUUUGUGGUUGGUGGAGUUACAUUAAUUGUAACGGGAAUGGCGCUCUUCAUUGCAAUCCGUUUGAAUAGAUACCAUACACAGGGGCUAAAGAGCUUGGAAAGCAACCAUAGUUCAAUGCCUUCUCAUCCAAUCAGUGCAGCCAAAGAGGUCUCUUCUACGGCCCUGGAUAAGAGCCUCCAAAUCCCACCUUUUAAUGCUGCAUCCCUUUUGGGCCCAAGGCGAUUACAUUCCCAGAACCAUAAAGGGACGGGGGAAACGUCAAGAAGAAGUUUUUCAGAAAGAGACAGACUUACUGGAAGGACGAAGGUUUAUACAGUAGCGGAGAUUCAAUUGGUUACAAACAGCUUCAAUGAAGACAACCUUCUGGGGGAGGGAUCUCUUGGCCCCGUUUACAGGGGUGAAUUUCCAGAUAACAAGAUUUUGGCUGUGAAGAAUAUCAACAUGGCGGGCUUGUCUUACAGUGAAGAGGAGAAGUUCUUAGAUGUAGUUUGUACCGCCUCCCGUCUGAAGCACCCGAACAUCGUUGCACUUAAAGGUUACUGUUUGGAGCACGGGCAACGUCUUCUUGUGUACGAUUUUGUCAGAAAUUUGACUCUAGACGAAGCUCUUCACAGUGAGGCUUACAAACCUUUAUCGUGGGCCCUCCGACUCAGGAUUGCUCUCGGUGUUGCUCAGGCUCUCGACUAUCUGCACUCGACGUUCUCUGCUCCUGUUGCCCACGGCAACUUGAAGGCUGCCAAUAUUCUACUGGAUGAGAAUCUGAUCCCUCGUGUUUGUGACUGUGGCUUGGCUGUUUUGAGACCAUUGACGAGCAAUAAAGUCAAAACUCGGGCUUCUGAGAUUGAAAUUAGAGAUACAGGCUACUGUUCACCGGAACAUGGCCAACCAGGAAUUGGCAGCACAAAGAGUGACGUCUUUGCCUUUGGGGUGCUGCUUCUGGAAUUGUUAACAGGAAGAAAACCUUUCGAUGGUUCCAGGCAAAGGGAAGAGCAAUAUCUAGCAAAAUGGGCUUCGUCCAGGCUUCAUGAUGGCGAGAGUCUGGAAAAGAUGGUGGAUCCGGCAAUUAAAAGGACAUUCUCAUCCAAGGCUCUUUCUCGUUAUGCUGAUAUCAUCUCCCUUUGCAUACAGCCCGUAAAGGAAUUCCGUCCUCAAAUGUCUGAAAUCGUGGACUCUCUUGUGUCUUUUUCGCAAAAGAUCAACUUGAGAGGUCUUUCCGAUAGUGCAGCAGAUGGUACUGAUCUUGAUCCCCUUGAGAGGUCUUUCCGUACAACCACCUCACGCUUUAUGGUUUCUCCCACAUUGAGCUAUGUAUCAGCUUGA